CACUUUAGGAAAAGGACACGUUGGAUAAUGUUAUAACGGGUUCUCUGCUUUGGAUUAUAAGGGUUGCACGAUCAAGUCUGACCUGGGGCUAAAAAACAGCAACAACACAUGCACACACACAUACACACACACACAAACAUACGUAACAGUCACUUUCCUCAUAUACUUGCCCCUCUCUUUAUUUCUGUCUUUCACUCCUCCUCUUCCUCUCACUCUCUCUCUCUCUCUAUCAAUCACUCCUCCUUCCUUUACCAACCAGUUAUAAAGACUCUUCCUGCACUCACCCCACCACCCACCACGAUUUUCUCUUAUUUAUUUACUCCUCAUCAACCAUUACACGACUGCUGUCUAUAACAACAGGCUUCCACCGUUUCCCCCCCACUCUCUUACACUUCUUUCUAUAUCAGCGGCAAGCUUAUAUCAUUUAUAGUCAAAACAUUCUCUCUUCUCCCUAUUUGUCGAACUGACAGCAACACCAGCACACGGCCAGCCGCCGCCAAUUUUAUUUUCACUUUCUUUCGCAUCUUUUUUCUAUAUUUUCGCUGUUCUUCCUCAUUCUAUCUAAAAUGAUUAGAAGUGGGGCUAAUUAGGCCCGAGCGGUUAGAUUGUAAAUAUACAUAUAUAUAUAUGUACAAGUUGUUAUUGAAGACUGUAUAUAUAAUUACUCACACACACAGACACACACACACACACAGACACAUAAACAUACAUACAAACACACACAUACAUAUAUAUAUACACACAACUAUAUAAUUGCUUCACCCUUCCUUCUCUCUCUCUCUCUCUACAUGUAUAUGUGUGUGUGUGUGUGUUUGUAUAGUUUACCAAACCAACUUAUAGACCAAGAAAAAAAGCAAGAAAAUUAAACGAAAUAAUAAUAAUUAAUACAAAUUAAAAUAAUUAUAAUUAAAAAGCAAUCGAACAAAGAUUUACAGUGAAACCAACAGCACAAAUCUAUACAUUUAAACACACACACAUGUAAUAUCAUAAAUAAAUAAAGUUAUAUUUACAUACAAGCAACACCACUCGCAUUUACAUAAAACACACGUGAGCGGACGAAUGUAUAUAUCUUACAGUUGGACAUAUCUUCUAUAAGACGCCGGCAUACACACACACAUAUAUCUUCUAUAAUCACAUAUACGUCGAAUUCUUGCUGGAUAUACCAAAUAUAAUAAGUUGGAAACCGGUCCAACGAACUGCUGUGGAAAAAAAGUUUGUAUUUAUUGAUAAAAUAAUUAUAAAAAGAGAAAAACAGGAAGGCAUAUUUAGAUUUUAAUUUGAAAAAAAAAAAAAGAUAGUAUAUUUAUUCAGUUGUUUUAAUUUGUUAAAAUUUAUAUUUUAUAUAAAAUAUUUCUAGAAAUUAUUUGUAAGUUUGAUAUUAUUGUUGAAAAAAAAAAAAAAAAAGAAUUAUGGGUUGUCGAGAAUCGAAAGAACAGUGUGGUCCAAAUUUAACCGAAAGAAGGAAAAGCAAUGUUUGCCAGGAACCUAAUAGUAUGGAGAGCGCCAUACCCCAGGUCGAUCCCCGGCUUCCGCUCAAUGCUCGAGAUAUUUUCAAAUUGAAGCAGUCUUGGAAAGGGAUUAAACGAAACAUGGAAACAACAGGAGUCGAGAUGUUUAUAAGGUUGUUUCAAACAGAAGAAGAGAUUGGCUAUUUGUUCUCUGAUUUUAAAAACGUCCAUUCAGACGCUUUGAGACAAAAUGAGGUUCUGGAAGCUCACGCAUUAUUAGUAAUGGCGACCCUGGACAAAGCAAUCACUUCACUCGAUGACUAUGACGCUGUACGAGAGUCUUUACUAAGAACAGGAGGCAAACAUUAUCGGCUUAAAAAUUACAAACCGCAAUAUUUUAGAUUAAUGGAACAGCCAUUUUUAAGUGCCAUUCAAAUCACACUGGGAGAUCGGUAUUCGGAAAGCAUGGAGAUAAUAUACAAAAAGACAAUUGAUUUUAUCAUUACUAACUUGCAAACGGGUAUUCUUGAAGCUAUCGCAGAAGCAGCACGAACAAAUAAUGCUGAAAACUCUCAACCAGCACCUAUUGAAAAUACGAAUCAUGUGACCUCCACACCUACAGUACAGCCACUUCCGGUUGUUUCGUAAAAAAAAAAUUAUAUAUAUGCUCUUCUUAACCAGAUUAUUUCUGCCUCCUAAUGUCAGUCGAAUAUAUCUUUCUACAACUCCGUCUUUUCCCAUUUUUCUACUUCCUUUCUGUCUAACUAUUUGUCAAGUGAACACGUUCUCUUUCCUCUUCCAUAUAUAUAUAUAUAUAUAAUGUGUGUUUGUAUAUACUUAUAGAUAUACAUAUGUAUAUAUAUUAUGUAUGUAUGCAUGUAUGUAUGAAAGUUUCUUUUAUGAGGGGGCUGGAAUGAAAUUGAACCAUAAAUAAGUGCUCACAAUUUAUUAGCUUAAAUCAUAAAAACAUCUUAGAAGUAUGGUGCUAGACAACGCUUGUAGAUGUGGUACACACACACAUUCUAACACCUAUACAUACAUACACACAGGCACACGCCAAUGUAUGUGUAUAUAUAUAUAUAUAUAUAUAUAUAUAUAUAUAUAUAUAUAUAUAUAUAUGUGCGUGCGUGUAUAAGUUUAUAGCAAUUUGUUUCAAGCAUUGCAAUGUAUGUAAUUGAUAUUUAUAUUUGAAAAAUACCUACGAGCAAUGCAGGCGAGGAGUUAAGCAAAAUAUGUAAGGGUAAAGCGAUGUCAAGAAAUGAAGCUAAAUAGAAAAUAUAUGAAAUUGACAAAUAUAAAUUGUUUAAUCAUCCUGUAAUAUUUCGGGAAAGAUCCUUCUUUUCAAAUAGAAGAAUGAAAUAAUGAAAUAAUCAGAGGUCGGAGAAAUGUGUUAUCGGUAGGUGUUGGAAUAAAAAGCAUUUAGGGAUUAUUGAAUUUAUAGUUCAUUCAGGUAAAUAAUAUCAGUACCAGCAGAUCGUGUGGAGCAUCAAUAGCAACAACAGUAAGUUCCGUGGGAUGAUAGAUUGGUACAGGAAACUAAAUAAUGGUAGCGAAAGCCACUGGAUGAUAGAUGAAUUCGUUUGAAUCAUUCAGUAUUUUGAGAAUUUCCACGAUUUAAAACAAGAAACUGUACUACGCUUUUUGACGUAGCGCACACAUACACGCUUACUCUGAUACAAACAUUAUUAUAUAUAUAUAUAUAUAUAUAUAUAUAUAUAUAAAUAUAUACACACACACACAUGUUUCGCUACUUGUGCUUUACGGCACUGAGCAAUUAUUUCUAGUUACAUUUACUACCUCCCAAAUGAAAGAAAGAAACUUAUAUUCAUACAUGUUGAUGUUUCUAUCUUAUAAAUAUAUACAGUGUAUGUGCAUAUAUAUAUAUAUAUAUAUAUAUAUAUAUAGUUUACUGUACCGUUAUAGUAAGAUCAACUAAAACAAUGUCCAUCCAGUGAGAAUUGAAUAUCAUUUAAUGUGCCCAGUAUAAAUCUACGUGCUACUAGUGGCUUCACGCUUGGAGACGCGUGUCUAGGAAAGUUCUAAUAACACGCCAUUUGUCUGUGACUGUUGAAUUUUGGCUUUACGAUCAAAAAGGGAGCUGAGCUCUAAUUUUCCUUUUUUUUUUUUUUUUUACCGUUUUUACUCAUCCCCCACUUUUUGCAUUUACAUACUCAUUUUUUCUCGUGAUUCAUGUUGUACCAGCGUCCUGAUUUGCAAAUUGAAAACUCCAUGUACUCAGAACCUCGCAAAUUGCUUGGAGACACAAUGUUUAUAUUAAAAACUUGUUUAGGCUCGCGUCUCCACGCAAGAAACUAUUAGUAACUGGUAUCUUUAUACUGUGUACAUUAAAUGAUACAAGCACACACACACACACAAAUAACGCCAAUGCAUUGCCAUACAAACAUACUCACAGCCUUGUCACUCUCCAUAUUUAAAAAUACCCGCACACACGUUUGUUUGUUUGUAUAUAUAUAUAUAUAUAUAUAUAUAUAUAUAUGUGUAUGUUUGCGCGCGCGUAUGUAUUUGUGUCUGUCUAUGGAAAUUAUUUCUUUUAACUUUCCAAUGCUUUAAAUUGAGUUUGAUUUCUGAUGACCAAAAGAAAUUGCCAUGAGAGCCAUCUGCACAGAAAAGAAAUAGCAAAGUCAUUCGUUAUAUACUUUAUAGAAUAUUUAGAAACAAUAUUAAUAAAUAAAAUUUGCUACAAGGUGAGAAAAACAAUGAAUUAGGUUUAGUGACUUCUUGUUAAAGAUAAAAAUCCAAAUUAAUAUUUGCAGACAAUCAUUAUUUUCAUUCCUUUCAUUGUCUGCAAAUUCUAAUUUUAAUCGUGUUUUACUGAGUUGUCGGCCGUGAUUAAACUGAAGCUUUGAGCAAACGUUUUUUGUCUUCUACUUCAGCAAAAGUUUUGAUACACUGAAAAUUUUCUGCUCGCUCUAAUAAAUAUGCUGUCAUUUACUUAU